AUGUGGUAUAAGCAUGUCCUUGAGGCAUUUGUUCUUGGAAUUGCUGUUGUGGUGCCAUUCACUGGUCUACAGAAAUUUCCUGAUGGCUGUGGCUUUAAACAAUGGAUGGGCAACAAUUCCAAAGCCCUUAUGAAGGUUUUCAUUCUGGCUAUCAAAGGCCACAUACCUCAAGACAUGAUGCAUGCAUUUCGUGUGCUUUUAGAAUUUUGUUAUAUUGCAUGGCGCAACAUAAUUACUGAAACCUCUUUGGAUCAACUCAAAGAUGCACUUGCUUGGUUUCACCACUACCACCAGAUCUUCAAAACCACAGGCACACACAUUAAGGCAGUGAAACAACCUUGGAGGUGGUCUAGCAAGCAUAACACCAUUGGCCAAAUGCUUUUGGCUAACCAACGCCUUGACAAACUCACAGCAUCUCAUGUAGACUUCACUGCUUGUGCGAUGCUCAUUGGCUCUGUAUUAUCAAGAGCUGUGGCUGCUCUGCAUAAUGAAGUUGUUGAUGGCCUGACUGUACUGCUCUCAUUUGUAAAGCUUGCAAGGACUCCUUCACUAGCAGAUGAGGUCAACAUACCAUACCUGCCAUGCCUUAUCCAUUAUUUUCUACUUCAUGUCUUUAAUUCUGCUACUGUGACUUUUUAUGUGUCAAGUGAUCCCAGCAGCAUUAGUGGCAUGCAACAAGAACAGAUCCAUGCAUGUCCACUCUGGUGGAAUGUCUAUGCCUACCUUGAAGGGAUGAAAGGGCUUGAAGUUGCCAGAGUCAGAUUUUUUUUUCCUUCAGAUACAAUUGGGCCACCAUGUAUCCAUGUACUCUUGUUCAUUGGUUCAAUAAGGUUGGUGACUCCCAAUGAGGAUACUGGCAUGUGGAUAAUCUGUCCAAGUGUUUGUGACAAUGGCACCCCAAACCUCACUGUUAUUCAUAUCAAGACCAUUUACGAUGCAGUGCACUUAAUCCCUGUCUACGGUCCUGAUUUCAUUCCUAAUGACAUUGAGUAUUCUCAUUGUUAUGAUGCUUUCUGCUUAUUCUAUGUCAACAAAUACACUGAUUACCAUGCAUUCAAGGUAGUGUCAUGA